UCUCCUUCCUCUCCCCAUUCCAUCUGCAGAACCUUUCUAUUUGCACACCCCUCUCCCUCCUCGCAAGCUUGGACCAUGGAUUCUGGGCCACCAUGGGCCACCCACCCCACCCCCAGGGGCACCCUCUCUGCCCCCAACGCCACCACGCCCUGGCUGGGUCGGGACGAGGACCUGGCCAAGGUGGAGAUCGGAGUUCUGGCCACCAUCCUCGUGCUGGCAACGGGGGGCAACAUGACCGUGCUGCUGACGCUGGGCCGGCCGGGCUGCAAGCGCUCCCGCAUGCGUCUGUUUGUGCUGCACCUCGCCCUGACGGACCUGGGCGUGGCGCUCUUCCAGGUGCUGCCCCAGCUGCUGUGGGAUAUCACCUACCGCUUCCAGGGCCCUGACCUCGUCUGCAGAGCCGUCAAGUACCUGCAGGUGCUCAGCAUGUUCGCCUCCACCUACAUGCUGCUUGCCAUGACGCUCGACCGCUACCUGGCCGUUUGCCACCCCCUGCGCAGCCUGCAGCAGCCCAGCCAGGCCACCUACCCGCUCAUUGCUGUUCCCUGGCUGCUAGCUGCUGUUCUCAGCCUCCCUCAAGUCUUCAUUUUCUCCUUGCGGGAGGUGAUCCAAGGUUCAGGGGUACUGGAUUGCUGGGCAGAUUUCCGCUUCCCUUGGGGACCACGUGCCUACAUCACCUGGACCACUGUGGCCAUCUUUGUCCUGCCGGUGGCCAUGCUCACUGCCUGCUACAGCCUCAUCUGCCAUGAGAUCUGCAAGAACCUCAAAGUCAAGACUCAGGCCUGGAGGGUAGAAGGCGGGGGCUGGAGGAUAUGGGACAGGCCCUCAGCUGCUGCCCCCGCUGCGUGGACACAGGGCCUGCCCUCCCGGGUCAGCAGCAUCAGCACCAUCUCUCGGGCCAAGAUCCGCACUGUGAAGAUGACCUUUGUCAUCGUGCUGGCCUACAUUGCCUGCUGGGCACCCUUCUUCAGUGUCCAGAUGUGGUCUGUGUGGGACAAGAAUGCUCCUGAUGAAGACUCAACCAACGUGGCCUUCACCAUCUCCAUGCUUUUGGGGAACCUCAGCAGUUGUUGCAACCCCUGGAUCUACAUGGGCUUCAACAGCCACCUGUGGCCGCGCCCUUGUUGCCGGGGUGUGCGGCCCAGGGUGCGCAGGCAGCUCUCCAACGGCAGCCUCUCGAGCCAGGGCACCACGCUGCUCACGCGCUCCAGCGGCCCACCUGCCUUCAGCCUCAGCCUCAGCCCCAGCGGGAGGCCCCAGCCCAGGGAGAGCCGGAGAGACCUGGCGCCCACGGGCGGGGAAGCCGGCAUGGAGACCAGCACCUUCUAG